GAAGCCCCGCCCCUCGGACGCCAGCAGGGCCGCGGCGUGGCCGUAUCCCAGGCGACGGCCGUGAGAGGCUCAUGGUAAAGCCAUGGUCUCGGUGCCUGAGUUUUACUCCAGGAGGAAGCCGUUCGACGGGCAAUCCUCUGUCCGGCUGGACCAAUAUGGAUUACGAUUGGGGAUGUGGUACUGGAAAGAUGAAACCAAAACUCUGGAAUUUAGAAGCUUCACGCCUGCAGUAGAGUUCAAGGAGAAAGGCAAGAAAGGGAAGGCGGUUCACUUUGCUGAAAUGGACGGUUCGGCUUCCGAAAGGUUGACAGAUAAAAGGUUUGCCUCACGGAACGAAAAGUCAGUGAAAGCCUUGGAGAAACGAUGUCAGCAGGGCAAUGUCACCCUGGACGAUGUCAAGUUUGUUGCCUUGCUUUUCCUCCAAGACACUGAAAUGCAGCGGAUCUGUUCCUUCACAACGUUCAUGAGAAAUAAGAAUCUUGACAGCUUCCUUAUGGCACUGUUAUACUAUCUGUCUUAUUACUUGGAGAAAAUCUCAAUGGAAAAGAAACCCCAAAGCUACAUGGUAGGCCUGGUAGAGAAAAAAGAGAUGGAGCUGGUUAUUAGCAAGUUAGAAGAUGCGCAGAAGUACCUGGCGCAGAAGUACUGCUUCCUCGUGCUGGGCGUGGGCAUGGCCGAUAAGCAUCACAUGAACUGUGGAAAGUACGCAUGCGCUUCUGCAGCCCUUAGGGAAAAAAUGUCAGAUACACAAAAAGACUGGAAAUUCUUUGAGUCCUUUUAUACUUUCUGUACAUGCAUAGCUUGGAUUGUCUUCCGACGUCAAUACCUGACGGAGAUCGAGGAAGAAGUAGGAAGGCUUUUUCGUACCAAUAUGUUCAACAUUCCUCGAAGGAGGCGUGAGGAUGAAGAGUCAGGAGGAGAGAAGAAGCGCAUGACCUUGGUACAAUUUCGGAAAAUGAUGGCAAAACGACCAGCGAUUAAAAAGGCUGUGGACAUGCGCUCCCCGGUCUUGUCUACAUUGCUGCCGUCUCUCAGAGAAAAAGCUCAAAACAUUGUUGAAAAAAAGCAUGUGGCAGGCAUCAAACACCCACCCCAAACUCGGAAAGAAACUGGAAGUCUGGAUUCUACGGUCAUACCAGUAGUCGGCAUCUUGGGGGAGCCUCGGCAUCUCUUCAACCCUCAUACGCUCUUCCCCCUUGAAUCAGAAGAAAAUGGGAAACAAACCGGAAGAAAUUCUUCUGUAGUAGAGAGAACUAGCAUGGAUUCAGGACUCACUGGACUUGGUCAUGACAACACUAUCUUCGAAAAACUCCUGCCCUAAAUAAUUCAGUUUGUUUAGUUCUUUACUCAGCUCCUAUAUUUGAAGUAAACUACUUUGUCUUAACACUUUAUAUAGGAUUAAAAUUUGUUGUCAUAAAAUA